AUGGAGCGCCACAAAACCACCGUAGAGGCGAUCCGCUCCCGCAUCCAGCACUUGUACGCUUCAAAAACCGCGUUCCGCGUCUAUCACGGCAGCACGAACAGCACACGCCAUGCUGCCUUCGACCGCGACGCCAUUGUCGAUGUCAGCACUCUCAACCAUAUUCUGUCCAUCGAUGCUGCCACCCAAACCGCCAUAGUCGAGCCCAAUGUCCCCAUGGACGUCUUGGUCCAGGAAACCAUCAAGGCCGGCUUGCUUCCCCCCGUAGUCAUGGAGUUCCCGGGUAUCACUGUCGGUGGCGGCUUUGUAGGAACAGCGGGCGAAAGCAGCAGUUUCAAGCACGGCUUCUUUGACCGGACUAUCCUAAGUGCCGAAGUGAUACUUGCAGACGGCACGCUGGUGACUGCGUCGCCGACGCAGAACGCGGAUUUGUUCGAGGGAUUGCGCGGCAGUUUUGGGACGCUGGGCGUGCUGACGUUGGUUGAGAUGCAAUUGAUUCCGCUGAGGCGCAUGGUCGAGGUCACAUACCAUCCUACUUUUUCAUUUGAAAAUGCCACGGCCAAGAUGAAGUUUCACACUACUGAGCCGCAAAACGACUACGUUGAUGGUGUCUUAUUUUCAAAGUACACGGGCGUCGUUGUAGCUGGGCGGCUUGUAGAUACCGAUCACGCGCCUGAUCUCCCUGUGCGACGUUUCUCCAGGCCGUGGGAUGAGUGGUUCUGGAUCCAUGCGCGGUCCGUUUCGUCUCGAGGUAUUGUGAAGAAAGAGCUGGUUCCUGUCCAAGACUACCUCUUCCGCUAUGACCGGGGCGCCUUCUGGAUGGGCAUGUACGCUUACAAGCACUUCAUGGUUCCGUUUACGUGGUUGACGCGCUUCUUGCUCGAUUACUUCAUGCACACGCGAAUCAUGUACCAUGCCUUGCACGCUUCGGGAUAUACUGAUUGCUACAUCAUUCACGACAUUGCUUUCCCCGCUGACAACGCUGCACCGUUUCUUGAGUAUGCCGACCAUGCCUUUGGCUUGUAUCCUAUCUGGCUGUGCCCCCUUCGCCGCGACGGCAGAAGCUCCAUGGGACAUGCGAAACCUUUCCGCGGGCUGGUCGGUGGCAAGGAGGUAGAUGGAUACGAAGGCGAGGAUAUCAGUGUCGGGCUGUGGGGCCCGUAUCCGUCUGACGAAGCGGGAUAUGUGCGUGCGAACCGCGAGAUUGAGGCAAAGAUGCAGGAGCUCGGCGGCUUGAAGUGGUUGUACUCGCGCGUCUUUUACACUGAGGAAGAGUGGUGGCAGGUCUAUGAUCAGAAAGAGUACGAUGAGCUCCGGCUCAAGUACCACGCCACCUCUCUGCCGUCCAUAUGGGACAAAGUCAAGGAUCGAGGGAGGAAGGAGGACUUUGGGACUGGCGUCAAGGGGCUCCUGAAGAGGAUUCGGUAA